AGGCGGGCGGGUUAGGCUGCGCGGCGGCCCGGAGGGUUUUCCUGCGCCGCCAUCUUGGUGGGGGGCGGCUGCCAGCCCGCGCGAGCCAUGGCCGCCACCGCCGCCAACCCGGGGCACGUUGUACCCCGAGAGGCAAAUCUUUUGGAGUAAGAAGCUGAAGUGUGAGGUAAAGGGACCUAGUGUGAGAUGCUAUGAGAUGCUAGUCCAUGCAGUAGGUUCCUUGGAAUUAGCAAAGACUCAGAAAUGGCCUCAGAUGUUUCCUCGCUGAACGCAGCUGUCGGCUCUGGGACCCCUGGGCCGGGUGCACAAGCUGGAGGAGCCAUCGUUCAGAGAGCCAACAAGAGGCGUCCUGGGCUUGAUUUUGAUGAUGACGGAGAAGGGAACAGUAAAUUCCUCAGGUGUGAUGAUGACCCGAUGCCAAAUGAUAAGGAGAGAUUUGCCAGGUCUGAUGAUGAACAGAGUUCAGCGGAUAAGGAGAGACUUGCCAGGGAAAAUCACAGCGAGAUUGAACGUAGGCGAAGGAACAAGAUGACUGCCUACAUCACAGAGCUGUCAGAUAUGGUGCCCACCUGCAGUGCCCUGGCCCGCAAACCAGACAAGCUUACCAUCUUGCGCAUGGCUGUCUCUCACAUGAAGUCUCUGCGUGGCACAGGCAAUACCUCCACUGAUGGCACCUACAAACCCUCCUUUCUCACUGACCAGGAACUCAAACACCUGAUCCUAGAGGCAGCCGACGGCUUUCUGUUCAUAGUGUCCUGUGAGACUGGGAGGGUGGUGUAUGUCUCUGAUUCUGUGACUCCUGUCCUGAACCAGCCCCAGUCUGAAUGGUUUGGCAGCACCCUAUACGACCAGGUGCACCCAGAUGACGUGGGCAAGCUGAGGGAGCAGCUUUCCACAUCAGAGAAUGCACUGACAGAAGGAACCAAACCCUGGUGCCUUUCUAACAAGGAUCCUGCAGCCCCCCCUGAGAAUGCAUCUAAAGGUCGCAUCCUAGAUUUAAAGACAGGUACUGUCAAGAAGGAAGGCCAACAGUCCAUGAGAAUGUGCAUGGGUUCACGAAGAUCUUUCAUCUGCCGAAUGAGGUGUGGCAACAGCUCAGUGGAUCCGGUUUCUGUAAAUCGUCUCAGCUUUAUGAGGAAUCGCUGCAGGAAUGGCUUAGGUGCAGCAAAAGAUGGUGAACCUCACUACGUUGUGGUGCACUGCACAGGGUACAUAAAAGCCUGGCCCCCUGCAGGUGUUUCACUGCCUGAUGAUGACCCGGACGCUGGCCAGGGCAGCAAGUUUUGCCUCGUGGCUAUUGGCAGACUCCAGGUCACUAGCUCGCCCAACUGUACAGACAUGAACAACGUUUGUCAGCCAACAGAGUUCAUCUCCCGACACAACACCGAAGGCAUUUUCACCUUCAUAGAUCACCGCUGUGUGGCUACUGUUGGCUACCAGCCACAGGAACUUCUGGGGAAAGACAUUGUGGAUUUCUGCCACCCAGAAGACCAACAGCUUUUGCGGGACAGCUUUCAGCAGGUGGUGAAGUUAAAAGGCCAGGUUCUGUCAGUCAUGUUCCGAUUCCGAUCCAAAAACCGGGAAUGGCUCUGGAUGAGAACCAGCUCCUUUACCUUCCAGAACCCCUACUCGGAUGAAAUUGAGUACAUCAUCUGUACCAACACCAACGUCAAGAACUCAAGCCAGGAAUCUCGGCCUGCCCUUUCAAACUCAAUGCAGAGGCCCCAGCUGGGGCAGAGCGUCAGUCUUCCCCUCGAGAUGGGCACAGCACAGCUGCCCUCAAGGCAGCAGCAGCCGCCACAACAGACAGAGUUGGAGGUGGUCCCAGGAAGAGAGAGUCUGUCUGGUUACGACCACUCACAGGUUCCUGUUCAGCCUGUGACUGCUGCUGGCCCAGAACACAGCAAGCCAUUGGAGAAAGCAGAGAGCCUUUUUAAUCAGGAGAGGGACCCAAGGUUCAGUGAAAUCUACAGCAGUAUCAAUACAGACCAGAACAAAGCCAUUCCUGCCAGCACAGUCCCUGCCAACCAGCCCAUCUUUCCACAGGGAAACACUUUUACUCCAUCACGGCCUGCCGAGAACUUCAGGAGCAGCAGCAUGGUACCUCCUGUGAACAUUAUUCAGCAACAGCCCUCAUCAGCAGGCCGGAUCUUAGCACAGAUUUCACGCCACUCCAACCCUGCUCAGGUCAGCGGAACCAACUGGGCUCCGGGAACUCGGCCACCGUUCACACCCCAGCAAGUGGCAUCCCAAACAGUGAAGACUCGGCCCCCUUCAUUCAGCAUGGGGACUUUCCAAGGCACCCCAUCCUCCUUCAGCCCAAUGACAGCACCUGGCUCUACAGCUUCCCCCAGUGGGACUGCUUACCCAAACCUUGCCGGCCGUGGCACUGGUUUCACAACAGAGGCAGCGCAGACCCCCACUCCAUUCCAGACACGGGCAACAGAAGGUGUGGGAAUGUGGCCACAGUGGCAAGGACAGCACCAUGGCACGCCGUCUGGGGAGCAGCAUGUGCAGCAGCCGCAGCCAAGCCAGCCUGAGGUCUUCUCAGACAUGCUGACAAUGCUGGGAGACCAAGGACCCAACUACAACAAUGAAGAGUUCCCAGAAUUGAAUAUAUUCCCUUCUUUUUCAGAAUAAAACAAGUCCUGCGGAAAGCAAACUAUAGCUAUAUAUAAUAUCCAUGUGUAAAGGAAAACACCUAAGUCUUUUUUUUCAAAGACUGCUGAACUUUCUAAACACUUCCAACCUUCUGGAGGCAAAGCUCUGCCUGACAGCCUGGAGGAUGGAUGGCCUGCGCAGGAAGAUGAUGCUGUGGUUUCGGGCAUCUCCUCCGUGCGGUGCUGGCAGCGAGGACUGUUUGCCAGGAGGAUUGAGGAGCGCUAGAGUGCUGUGAGAGCAGCUGUGCUCACUGACUGAUGGCCCCAUGUUUCCAGAGCUGCUUGUGAGCAGUUUUUGUUCAGCAUACUGGGUUGCUAGGGGGGAUUCCAGUCUGGAUUGCAGACAGCCUGCCCCUUACCCCAGAACUCAGAAGGUGGCUCAUGCUGUUUUAUUUCAACCUUCUAUAUCGUGACUCUUUUCUAUAAAACACAAAAAGUAUUGUAACUUUUUAAAUACUGGAAGAAACUCUUCCAAGUGUUAACUCUGUAUAACACAAGUCUGGGAGAUGCUUGGGUAAGAAUCUUUGUCAAAAGCAAGCUUUCUUGUCAGGAGACACCUACUGGAGGAAGCUUUGAUGUCUUUGGAAGGUUGUUACAGUGUCUCCAGUCCGGGGUGCUUUAUUUAGAUUCCCAUGUUCACAGGCAUGUUGGUGUGUGUCUGGGCACCAUCUCUUCUGUGAACUGUGCAAUCAGUAUGGGCCUCUGUCAGCAUGACCUGUAACCUCUUUGGGGCCCAGUCAUUCGUGUGAAUGACAGGAUAAUUACGAGCCAUAAAAAUAUUACUUAUGUAGCUUUUUUCUUGAUGUAUCAGUUUUGCAGCUGAAGGUUUCAUGCUGUCAUGAACCAAUGUUUCAAUGGGCUAUUUUUUGGUUGGGGUGGGGUGGAGGGAUGGGAUGGAUUGGACUGCUCUGCACUUUCCAUACAGCUUUACCACUUCUAGAUCAAGUUUCUCACCUUUAUUUUGGAGCUGGAUGUCUGGUUCCCUGCACAGAGGCCCUGGAUUCAUUCAGGAACUGGCUGGGAAACUGCAUUUUUCACUACAUGCUCUGAACAGCAGCGUUCACUCUUAUGUUCACAGUCUUAAAGAAAAAAUCCUGCUAUGUGGUGACGCUGUUGCCAAAUCACAAAAUGGAGGAGAGCAGGCGAAAAGGGAUCAGAAUGAUUUAAUAAUAAUAAAUCUUGACUUUGUACCUGCUGGCUUCUUCAGCAGAAACGCUUGUGGCAAAUCUUGCUCUCCUCAGGGUGUGUAGGGUCUGGAGGAACAGUUUGAUUCCCCCUGUGAUGGCAAGUUGUGCUUAAAUUUCAACUGGAGAAGUUGUUCAAUGCGGAGUUUGACUUGGAAGGAAACAGCAUAACUGCAGCGGGGAAAGAAUCUUUCCUGGAAACGUGGUUUUGUUUUGUUGAUGUCUGCUGGGCAUUUCUCCCUCCUCCCUGCAUGUUGGUGAGACCCCCCUGUGGAAUGGCAUCCUCUUUGGUGUGGUGAAAGGAAGGGUUGUGGUGACUUUCAGGUCCCAGUGGUGAGGGGAGAACCUCCAAAAAGCAGAUUUUGGAGACUUACCUAGCAGAAAAUGUCUGUAUGGGGAAGGCUUUGAGUGAAACAUUUGUGUUACUGUAAAGUAAAAAUGAAUUUCAGUA